AAAAGACCUGCAAAGGAAAAUAAAGAACUUAUUAAUGCAUGCAACAACGGCGGCGAGAGUCUUAAUAGCACAAGGAUGGAAGAAUGAGGAAAUCCCGACAAAAGAACAGCGGCAAGAGAAAUCGAUGGGUUUUGCAGAAUUGGCGAAAUUGACAUGAUGCAAACUACGAGACAAGGGCAACUGUGACUUUAAAGAAGAAUGGGAAUUCUUUACAAAUUACGGUGGACACUCGGGUUGCGAACGUGAUCCGUGCGAGAGGCACGUUCACCACCUGCAGCGUCCGCAACCCGCAGCGCUGCGAUUCAGCGUUUCUGCGCAUGCGCAAAGUGCGAUUGGCGCUUCUGUGCAUGCGCAAAGUGCCAGAACCCGGAAGUAACCCCUUCCAGUACUUCUGGGUUUCGGCACAUCUGUAACCCGAAAACGUGCAACCCGAAGCGUCUGUAACCCGAAGUAUGACUGUACUUAAAAAAAGCGAACAAAAUGAAUUGGCAGGCUUUGAAUAAACAUACACGAAUUUAUUGACGGUUGACAUAAUAGAUAGAUAAUUUAAGGAUCUUUACCAUCUUACAAUAAGCAGAGAAUAACACGUGUUGAAAAAUCAGAGAGGAGCUGAGGGAACUCUCAGGGGGUUUCUUCUAGGGAGGGGGGAAAACGGUGGAAAAAUGAAGAUGAUAUGUUGUGAUAAUUUGUUAUGUAAAAUUCUUAAUAAAACUAUUUUUUUUAAUAAUAAAAAUAAACCUCUGGUGGCACCCCCUCUCUUUAGUCAUCCUUCGUGUGAGUUUGGUCUAUGGGCUGCAAGGGCGCAAUUCUUUUUUCAUGCACGACGACACCCGAGCGAGCGGAAACGCAAGCUUCUCAGAAGUCCCAGCUAACCACAGGUCUCCACCCUCGCCUCUCUGAAGGAAGCGCCGACUUGAGUCAUUUGCUUUCGGUCUGCCAGUGGUGGGGUCCGGCGGCCCCACAAGCCUCUCUCUUUCUCUCUCUCUCUCCCCAUCUCUGCACCCUUCACGCGGCGGAUCAUGGCCGAGCAAGAAAGCCUGGAGUUUGGGAAGGCCGAUUUUGUCCUCCUAGACCAGGUCACCAUGGAAGACUUCAUGGAGAACCUGAAGCUGAGGUUCGAGAAAGGGAGGAUCUACACAUACAUAGGCGAGGUGGUGGUCUCCGUGAACCCCUACAAGCAAACGGCGCUUUACGGGAAAGAUGUGAUUGAGCAGUAUCGUGGCCGGGAGCUCUACGAGAGACCGCCCCACCUCUUCGCAGUGGCCGACGCGGCUUACAAGGCCAUGAAGCGCCGGGCAAAGGACACCUGCAUUGUCAUCUCAGGGGAAAGCGGUGCUGGAAAAACAGAGGCGAGCAAGUAUAUUAUGCAGUAUAUUGCGGCUAUCACAAACCCCACCCAGAGGGCAGAGGUGGAAAGGGUGAAGAACGUCCUGCUAAAGUCCAACUGCGUCCUGGAAGCUUUUGGCAACGCCAAAACCAACCGCAACGACAACUCCAGCCGGUUUGGCAAAUACAUGGACAUCAAUUUUGACUUCAAAGGGGACCCCACAGGUGGCCACAUCAACAACUACCUCCUGGAGAAGUCUCGUAUCCUCAAACAGCAGCCGGGCGAGAGGAAUUUCCACACCUUCUACCAGUUGCUGCUUGGAGCCUCGGACGCUUUGCUGGAGUCCCUCCACCUCAGCAGGGAUCCGGCAGCCUACAGGUUCACCAGAGAAGGUGCCAACAACCAUUCGUCGGGGAGCGAGAAAUCCAGCCACCGGGCCGUUGCCGACGCCAUGACCGUGAUCGGUUUCACUUCGGAAGAGAUCGACUCCGUCUACAAGAUCCUGGCGGCCAUUUUGCACUUGGGCAACGUGUGCUUUGUCGCCACGGGGGACGACGUGGAGGUAGAGAAUGCCGAACUGGUGCCCUACCUGGCUGAGCUGACCUCCACAGAGCCGGAAAGUCUCCGUAACACGCUCCUCUACCGGACAGUAGCCACCGGGGGCGGGGAAGUCAUCCAAAAGGGCCACAGCGCCAACGAGGCCAACUACGCGAGGGAUGCUUGCGCCAAGGCCUUCUAUGAGCGUCUAUUCUGCUGGAUCGUGGCCCGCAUCAACACGGUCAUCGAGGUCAAGAACUACGAUGCCCGAAUCCAUGGCAAGAAUACGGUGAUUGGAGUCCUGGACAUCUAUGGCUUCGAGAUCUUCGACAACAAUAGCUUUGAGCAGUUCUGCAUUAACUACUGCAACGAGAAGCUGCAGCAGCUGUUCAUCGAACUGAUCUUGCAGCAGGAGCAGGAGGAGUACCAGCGCGAGGGGAUCGAGUGGCAACACAUUGAAUAUUUCAACAACCAAAUCAUUGUGGACCUGGUGGAGGAGCCACACAAGGGCAUCAUCGCUGUGCUGGAUGAGGCCUGCCUGACUGGGGGGAAAGUCACCGACACCCUGUUCCUGGAGUCCAUGAAUACCAGGCUUGGCAAACACCCACACUAUACCAGCAGGAAGCUUAAUCCUGCUGACAAGUCCAUGGAUUUCGGACGCGAUUUCCGCAUUAAGCACUACGCGGGAGAUGUCACGUACUCCGUGGAGGGAUUUCUGGACAAGAACAAGGACACUCUUUUCCAGGACUUCAAGCGGCUGAUGUACAACAGCGCAGACCCCGUCCUCCAGGACAUGUGGCCAGAGGGCCAGCAGAGCAUCACCGAGGUCACCAAGAGGCCCCUGACGGCUGCCACCCUCUUCAAAAACUCCAUCGUGGCACUGGUGGAGAACCUGGCAUCGAAGGAGCCGUAUUACGUCCGUUGCAUCAAGCCAAACGACCAGAAGUCGCCCUUGCUGUUCGACGCAGAGCGCUGCCGCCAUCAGGUGUCGUAUUUGGGGCUGCUUGAGAACGUGCGCGUCCGGAGGGCGGGAUUCGCCUACAGGCAGCCUUACGACCGCUUCCUCCUCCGGUAUAAGAUGACCUGUGAGUACACAUGGCCCAACCACCUCAUGGCUACUGACCGGGAGGCCACGCAGGCCUUGAUGCAGCAGCACGGCUUUCAGGACGACGUCGCCUACGGACACACCAAGAUCUUUAUCCGCACGCCCCAGACGCUUUUCACCCUGGAGCAGGAACGAGCUCAGCUGAUCCCCAUCAUUGUGCUGCUACUGCAAAAGGCCUGGAGGGGCGCCCUGGCCCGCAAGCGCUGCCGUUACCUGCGGGCCACGUACACCAUCAUGUCUUACUACAAGCGCCACAAGGUGAAGUCUCACCUGCUGGAGCUGGUGGAGAGAUUUCAGGCGGUACGCAGCAUGGCGGACUACGGCAAGGGCGUGGAGUGGCCGGAGCCGCCGGCCGUGCUGGCCCAGUUCCAGGAGAACAGCAAGCUCAUCUUCCGCAGGUGGCGAGCCAGACAGAUCGUGAAGAACAUCCCUCCCUCCGACAUGGACCAGAUCAAGGCCAAAGUGGCGGCCCUGGACGUCCUGCAAGGCCUGCGGAAGGACUGGGGCUGCUCCAGGAGCUGGGGGAGGAACUACUUGGUCUCGGUGGUCGAAAACCCUGCAAUGGCCGACCAGUUUGCCAAACGGGUGUCAGCCCUGAAGGAGAAGGUGCACUUUCGUUCCGUGCUCUUCUCGUGCCACGUCCGCAAGAUCAACCGCUGUAACAAGAGCACAGACAGAGCUAUCCUCAUCACAGACCAGCACCUAUACAAGUUGGAACCAAGGAAACAGUACAAAGUGAUGAAAUCGAUUCCUCUGAGCAUGGUGACCGGGAUGAGCGUGACCAGCGGCGUGGAUCAGCUGGUCGUCUUCCACACCCAGAACCAUGACGGCCUGGUGGUCUGCCUCCACAAAAUGCAGCCGGAAAACGACCGCCGAGUCGGGGAGUUGGUUGGCGUGAUGGUGGAGCACUUCAGAAGGACUAAGAGGGAUCUCCGGGUUCAGGUCUCGGACUGCAUUCAGCUCAGCCUCCACGGACGAAAAAGAUUGGUCUCCGUGGAGACACGCGCAGAACAGGCCACGCCCGACUUCACCAAGAGCCGUGAUGGCUUCGUGCUUCUCUGGCCAAGGAGAUAAACACGGGUCAAUUUUGGAGGACAGGACUUCAUCCUGACAGCCCCUCAACAGAGAGUAAAAAUAAUGAUCAUCAAGGAAGCUGUGUUUUAGAAUCAUGCAGCAAAGCAUUGCUGCUUGGACUGCUAGUGUGGAGUAGGAACCCUAUCAAACAAAAGGAAAAACGUACCUAGCCUUAGAUUCAUUCCUUCGUUCUCUCUCUUUUUUUAAAUACUUUAUUGACAAUCUUAUGCAACAAAUACAGUAUAGUGGUACCUUGGGUUACAUACGCUUCAGGUUACAGACUCCCCUAACCCAGAAAUAGUACCUCGG